GGUUGCCUGGAGACGGCGGAAACGUUUGGGAGCAGCGAUGGAAAAGUAUGAGAAAAUCAAAGUUGUCGGAAGAGGAGCUUUCGGGAUCGUUCACCUCUGCCGCAGGCGAAACGACGGGACAUUUGUGAUCCUGAAGGAGAUCCCAGUGGAGCAGAUGUCACGAGACGAACGUCUGGCGGCCCAGAACGAGUGUCAAGUCCUGAAACUGCUCAACCAUCCAAAUAUCAUAGAGUACUAUGAGAACUUCCUGGAAGACAAAGCCCUGAUGAUAGCUAUGGAGUAUGCACCAGGUGGAACCUUGGCUGAUUACAUACAGAAGCGCUGUAACUCUCUGCUGGACGAGGACACUAUCCUUCACUUCUUUGUACAGAUCUUACUUGCUCUGUAUCACGUACACAACAAACUUAUCUUGCACAGAGACCUUAAGACACAGAAUAUUCUUCUUGACAAGCACCAGAUGAUCGUCAAAAUCGGUGACUUUGGCAUCUCGAAAAUCCUUGUCAGCAAGAGCAAAGCCUACACGGUGGUCGGUACCCCAUGUUACAUCUCCCCAGAGCUGUGUGAGGGAAAGCCGUAUAACCAGAAGAGUGACAUCUGGGCUUUGGGCUGUGUGCUCUAUGAGCUAGCGAGUCUUAAGAGAGCCUUUGAGGCUGCUAACCUACCUGCCCUCGUUCUGAAGAUCAUGAGCGGAACAUUUGCUCCGAUUUCAGACCGGUACAGCCCAGAACUUCGACAGCUCAUCCUCAACAUGCUCAAUCUGGAUCCCUCCAAACGGCCUCAACUCAAUGAAAUAAUGGCUCUUCCCGUAUGCAUCAGGCCCCUGCUCAAUCUCUACACGGAUAUAGGCAAUGUCAAAAUGCGCAGGAUUGAAAAACCACUGUAUACUGUGCAAACUGGUCCUCACGGUAGACCAGGAGGAAGGGUUCAUACCAACAGGUCCAGAGAUGGAUCAUUCGGUUUAGGAUCGGGGAAGGUGCAUUCCCUCCCGCUGUCAACGGUGUACACAUGGGGAAGUGGAAUCUCAGCGCCUCUCCGCCUGCCAAUGCUCAACACUGAGGUGCUUCAAGUGUCUCUGGGCCGCACUCAGAAGAUGGGGGUGACUAAGUCUGGCCGUCUGAUUACAUGGGAGGCUCCAUCAGUGGGGUCUGGUGAGGCCAGUCUGCCCGGUGUGGUGGAGCAGAUGCAGCCUCAAUUCAUCUCACGUUUUCUUGAGGGUCAGUCUGGAGUCACCAUCAAGUCUGUGUCCUGUGGCGAUCUUUUUACCACUUGCAUGACAGACAGAGGCAUUAUCAUGACGUUUGGAAGCGGGAGCAACGGCUGUCUAGGACACGGUAACUUCAAUGAUGUUACACAGCCCAAGAUAGUUGAGGCACUUCUCGGCUACGAGCUGGUUCAGGUGUCAUGUGGUGCUUCCCACGUACUUGCUGUGACCAAUGAAAGAGAAGUAUUUGCCUGGGGAAGAGGAGACAAUGGUCGCCUCGGGCUAGGCACCCAAGACAGCCACAACUCUCCACAGCAGGUAUGUUUACCUGGGGACUUUGAGGCCCAGAGGCUGGUGUGUGGCGUCGACUGCUCCAUGAUUAUCAGCACCCAGUGCAGCAUUGUGGCAUGUGGAAGCAACAGGUUCAACAAGCUUGGGCUGGAUAAGAUAACAGUUGGAGAGGAACCAAAUCCCUUGAGUCAGGUGGAAGAAGUCCUUUCUUACACUCCUGUCCAAUCAGCCCCACUCAACAGUGAGACGAUUGUUCACAUUGACAUUGGGACAUCGCAUUCUGUUGCUGUUACAGAGAAGGGGCAGUGUUUUACCUUCGGCAGCAACCAGCAUGGUCAGAUGGGAUGUAGUUCCCGUCGUAGCAGCCGUGUUCCUUACCCGGUGCCCGGGCUGCAGGGCAUCUCCAUGGCUGCCUGUGGAGACGCUUUCUCCUUAGCUAUCGGAUCUGAUGGGGAGGUGUACACCUGGGGAAAGGCCCGAGGCCGCCUCGGAAGAAAAGAAGAGGAUUCUGGGAUACCUAAAGCGGUGCAGCUUGACGAGAGCCACCCAUUCACGGUGACAUCGGUGGCUUGUUGUCAUGGCAACACUCUGCUGGCAGUGAAACCUUUGCUUGAGGAACCUGUUCCGAGAUGAUUUUGUCCUAAAAUCGAACCCACGCCCACUACGCG